AUUUGACAGCUGCGCAAGGGCCGGCCUGAACUCGUCAACGCGACACGACAUGGCCUUCUGGCGCAACGGCCGGGGCGCUAGGGAGCAGCCCGCUGAUCACACGCUGCAGCCCGGUCGAUACUCAAUGAGCGGCAACGUCAACGGAGACACAGGAUAUGGGUUCGGCGUUGACGGCAGCUCGCUGAACCUGUGCCAAGAUGGAAGCGUGCGGGGCAGCAUGCAGGUCACGCCGCAGGGCUGGGGCGCUUGUCUGGGUUGCAGCUGGACCAGCCCGGUUCUGCGCGGCAGAUGGAGCCCUGGCGGCCAGUUGUCCCUGCUUAUGCUGGACCAGCUGGCGCAACCCAUCCCCGUCACCUUAACAGGCAAGUGCGACUCCCGCGGCCUGCUCACCGGGAGCUGGGCGGCGGCAGUGCCCUCCAAGGUGGCCGUGUCUUCUGCGAAAGGCGACUCGGCAGCCUUGGCCCAGAGCUGGAGCGGGCCACGCAGCCCACCCAGCAUGCCUGCCUACGUGCAUGGGCUUGGCGGGCCGCGCUGGACACCGGGCGCCGUGCCAGCGGUCGGCUCCAUUAUUCGUAGCAUCUCGGCCUCGGCUUCACACACCGCCGCGGGCGGCAGCACAGGCGCGCCGCCACCGCAGCGCCCCACAUCUGGGACCUUCAAUCAGGUUUACCUCUUUCGUGAGGAGACAUGCAGUGUUGGCAACGGCGGCAGCAGCAGCGGCACUGCGCUGCUCUCACAGGGCUCCUCCCAAAUUGCCGUGCCACCGUCGAGUCCAUCUGCGGCAGCCCUUGGAGACCUGGCGGCUCCCAACAAACAGCGGGACAGCACCUUAGAAGCCACGACCGCCCUGGUACACGCAAUUGCCAUUCGCAGCCCGCCCCUGGCCAGCCUCUCCUCCCAUCUCGAGGCCCCCGACAUCGCCUGCCAGCUUGCAGCAGCCUCCUCGUCCGCAUCCAACAGGGGCUCCACCAGGAGCCGCGGCAACAGAAUUGACAGCAGCAGCGGCACUGCGCAGCCACUGCUGCGCCCCGGCCCGGUGUGGCUGCGGGGCUCGGCGGUGGCGCGCACGGGCGGCCUGCAGGCGCUGAGGUUAGAGGUGGAGCUGCUGCCUGGGGGCGGCAUGCGCGGACGGCUGGGGCGAGAGGCGGUGGCUGGGCCGCAACACGUGGCGGCGACGCUGCCCGUUCUGGAGCCGGCGGCGCUGAGCGGCGGCGGCUGGACGGCCGAUGGCCGUGUGUUCUUCAAACGUGGGCACGGCCUGGCGGAGCUCGUGUUUGAGGGCAUCUGCACGGAGGCGGGCGAGUGGCUGGGCGAGUGGCGCGCGGUGCGGCUGGCGGAGCUGCCCUCCGCGGCGGUGGCGGCUGCCAAUGAGGGCACCUUCCGAAUGGAGGCGGACGCACGGGCAGCGGACUGAGUGGGUGGCUGUGACACGCGGUGAUGGGCAGUGAGUGGACACGUGCAAGGGAGGGAGGGAGUUGGGGGGUUGGCCAGGGUGAACGGCAGUGCUCGUAUUUUCCAUCUUACCAUCUACACGGUAGAUGUUUGCCCAAAAGAAUUUUUUGGAAUUUUGGGCCGCGCUACCACGGAGUGUAGCCAUUUUGGCGCGAAUUUGGCAGUACCUGAGGCGUUUUGGGGGACUUGGGGGCUUGCCCCUGUUGGAAACAAUUCUGGGGGUCAUCCUGUGUACAAUAUCGGAGCGUAGAUGCGGCGGGAGGGGUUAUCUACGCUCUGUAGACGCUGCGGGCCUGCGGGCAUCUACUAGAUUCAGGCAUGGGUGAACGGCGGGUACGCACACGGCUUGGUGGGAGGCAGCCGACUAGGGUGCGUCCGUGCGUGGACGGAGUGACGGACGGUGCUAGUGCGUGGCAUCAGGAGGGCCGGUCGUGACGGAGUGCGCGUUGUCAGGCGGUACGUGCUUAUUGGCAAGCGGUACAGGGCGCGGCUUGUUGUGUGCACGUCAGUCGUGAAGACUGACUGUGAGCUAGGUCGUGAUCAAGGCCAGAGGUUGAGUGACUUCUAUGAUUGCGGCAGAGAGGCGGCUCAGUCUU